CAUCGCGCUAUUCAAAUACAGAAUGCCAGCCGCUAUUUCAACUCUACAAGGUCGUGUAAACCUUAGUGAGGAAAUUCCCUCAUCACUUACGCUACUCUGAAUGCUCCCUUAGUACACAAAGUACUUUCUGGUGAGACGCGAACUUCUACAGAGCAUAGGCCGCCUACCAGCAUUUUCCAUCCAACUCUGUCCUGGGCAAUCCUUUCCAGUUGCUAUUCAUCCUCUUGGUGUCUGCUUCCAAUUUUCGACGUAGUGUGUUCGGCCUUCCUCCUUCCCAUUUCCUUCCAGGAUUCCAGACAAACGUUGAAAUUUGUUUCAUACCUAUGAAUCUAAAUAACGCUCAAAAAGAUGUGAAUCUAGAAACUGGUGAAGAAAUUAAGCGUAAUGAGUAUCGUAAAAUGAGCACGUAUGACUUCGUGCGGCGUGACAUUGAGAAAUAUUUCGCACAUCCGGUAAGUUUGCCAAAUACUUAUUUACGUUCAUUUCAUACAAAGGAAGAAGCGCUCGUAGCUCCUGAAUUAGCUCAACCUCAGCUGCCUAAACCACCACCUGAAUUCGUUCGCAAUGUAUGGGGCUCUGCCGCUGGAGUGGGCAGUGGGGACUUUCACAUUUACAGAGGAAUUAGACGAAGAGAAUAUACUCGUUUAGAAAUGAUUGAAAAAACUGCGGAAGAGGAACGUUUAGAUAGAGAGUUCCAAAUGAAGCAAAAAGCAUUAAAUGAUCUAGCUGCUGAAAAAACUGCUAAGAAGCGUGCUAAGCGUCAAAUGAAGAAAGAAAAACGAUUAAAUAAAAGAAAACUGAAAUCAAAGUCAAAAUCUAAAUCUGGUGAAAACAGCGAUUACUCAGAUGAGCAGUUAGAAAAUUCUGCGCAAACGGAAAGUAGUGAAUUUAAUAAGAUUUGACGGUCGAAUUAUAAAUUUCACAUUAUUGCUCUUUCUAACUCAUCCAUUACAUUUGUACGUAAUACGUUUCCCCUUAUUUCUGACAAGAUUUAUUCAUGGGUAGUUUAUGGAAUUAUUUAAGAUAAUAUCCUAAUUUUU